GAGUGUCUCAAAUCCUUUUGUCUCCUUAUAUGGUAAAAUGAUAGAGAGGGGUUUCACUAGGCUGGGAAAGGCAGCAGCCUCUUUCCACACAACACUGACUGCAGAGCUGAAAUCCGGAGAGCUGCUUUUCACAGGCAGUAGAAAGCCCUGGCUAGCUGUACAGCUCUCCUCUGCAAGCAGGCCAGUGUGCUCUUUACACAUUUGUUAAUGGAUGUGACCCUCUUCCCUGGUCCAGGAGGUGACAGUAACUGCUUGCCACUGCUCUGAUAGCUGGACUCCCAGACACCAACAUGACUGAACGCUUUGACUGCCACCACUGCAAAGAGUCCCUCUUUGGUAAGAAGUAUAUCCUGAAGGAGGACAGCCCCUACUGCGUGAAAUGCUACGAAGACCUUUAUUCCAACACCUGUGAUGAAUGCAAAAAGCCUAUUGGUGCUGACUGCAAGGAUCUGUCUUACAAGGACCGUCACUGGCAUGAAACCUGCUUCCACUGCUUCCAGUGCAAGAAUUCAUUGGUGGACAAACCUUUUGCUGCAAAAGAGGAACAUCUCCUUUGUACCGAUUGCUACUCCAAUGAAUACUCUUCCAAAUGUAAUGAGUGCAAGAAAACUAUUAUGCCAGGUACUCGGAAGAUGGAAUACAAGGGCAACAGCUGGCAUGAGACGUGCUUCAUCUGCUACCGCUGCCAACAGCCUAUUGGGACAAAGAGUUUCAUUCCUAAGGACAAUCAAAACUUUUGUGUACCCUGCUAUGAAAAGCAGUUUGCCAUGCAGUGCGUCCAGUGCAAGAAGGCUAUCACUACAGGAGGUGUCACUUACCAGGAGCAGCCAUGGCACAAGGAAUGCUUCGUUUGUACUGGAUGCAAGAAGCAGUUGUCUGGACAACGUUUUACCUCCAGGGAUGAGUUUGCAUAUUGCCUGAGCUGCUUCUGCAACCUCUACGCCAAGAAGUGUGCUGGGUGCACAAACCCAAUCAGUGGACUUGGAGGAACCAAGUACAUCUCCUUUGAAGAACGGCAGUGGCAUAACGAUUGCUUUAACUGUAAGAAGUGCUCACUCUCAUUAGUGGGUCGUGGCUUCCUCACAGAAAGGGAUGACAUUCUUUGCCCUGAGUGUGGGAAGGAUAUUUAAGGCUCAAAAUAAGAGGUGUUGAGAGGAAAGCCAUGCUUGCAAUAUAUAGUCUGAAGUAUACAGAUGUUCAGAAAUAGCUUUGCCACUCUGUAUUUCACUGUACUAUUAAUGUUACUUAACCUAUUUCUUCAACUCUCCAAAUCUGGAGAAUUCAGAAUCUCUCAUAGCAGUGCUGGUGUUCAAGACUUCUACAGCUAACCAAAACUAAUGCAAAACCAGAGCUGUAAAACCAUUUGGGUAUUACUGACAUAAUAUACUCAUUUUGUUUGGGUUUGUUUUUUUUUUUGUUUGGGUUUUGUUUUUCCCUUCCACUAAACAUUCCAGUUACAAGCAAGCGAUAUAGGAUUAUAAUGGUC